UGUUAUUACUCAUUUUAUCUUUUCAAUUUAUUCUUGAACGAAAUGGAAGCUCCUGAUUUUGAAGUAGCCUCACCCCCUCCUGAUGGUAUCUCAGCCCUUGCUUUUUCUUCCCAGGCAGACCUUUUAGCUGUCCCUUCUUGGGAUAACAAUGUUAGAAUUUACGAGGUUCAGCCCACCGGAAAUACAGUACCUAAAGCUUCUUAUAGUCACGAAGGACCUGUUUUUUGUGUCGAUUGGUCUAAAGAUGGUAUGUCAGUUGUUUCAGGUGGUGCAGAUAAAGCAGUACGUAUGUAUGAUUUGAAUACGGGUCAAACAACACAGAUUGGUGCACACGACGAGCCAGUAAAAGCAGUAAAAUUUCUUGACGGACAAGCAAACAUUUUAGCAACAGGUAGUUGGGAUAAGACGUUAAAGUACUGGGAUUUAAGAUCACCACAACCUGUUGGUACUGUCGCACUCCCCGAAAGAUGCUAUUCGAUGGAUACAAAGGCCGAUUUAUUAGUUGCCGCUACUGCAGAUAGAAGUGUGAUGGUCUUCAAUUUGAGCAAUCCUACAACUAUUUUCAAACAAACUAUAUCCCCUCUUAAAUGGCAAACACGUAGCAUUUCUUGUUUUAUUGACGGUAAAGGUUAUGCUAUUAGUUCGAUUGAAGGACGUGUAGGUAUCCAAUAUAUUGAUGAAAAAGAUGCGACAAAAUGCUUCUCGUUUAAAUGCCAUCGUGAUGAAACAAAGAAUGUCUACUCAGUAAAUGCAAUCUCUUUUCAUCCUAUAUACGGUACUUUCUCCACUGCUGGCGCUGAUGGAACAGUAUCAUUUUGGGAUAAAGAUUCAAAGCAAAGAUUAAAGACUUUACCUAAGGCCAAUGGUACAAUUGCUUGUACUGCUUACAACCGUACCGGUAAUAUAUUUGCGUAUGCUGUUAGCUAUGAUUGGACAAAGGGCCACAAAUUCCAUUCAACUGAAGGACAAGUAAACAAACUGAUGCUUCAUGCUGUUAAAGAUGAAGAUGUUAAGCCUCGUGCUCCCAAGAAGAGAUAAAUCUCUUUUGUAAAUAUUUCUUUCGUCACUAUCCUUAUACUUUUCUACAUUAUACUCAAUAACACAAAAAAAAUAAAAAUCACAAGAUAUUAUGCAUG